AUAUAUCGUCCGUUCUUCCUUGGCUGAUUGAGUAUACCAAGGCGGCGAGUGCAAGGAGCAGGGGACCGGCACGGGAAGACACACCCGACGACAAGUUCAAAAGGGCGGCGCAGGCAUGCCGGCACUCUGGAGGCGUGAAGGACGCAGCAAGAGCGCUCCUGGCCGAUCAACCGUAAACGGGGAACGACGAGACAUGGGCACGUCUGAAAGCCAAAUUUCCGCAUGAGGAUCCCGUACAAGUGGAGCAGGCCAUCGCCGAAGCCAUAGCUGCAAGCCGCACCGAGGAGGAGGAAGGAAGCGCCCCGAGAUGGAGGCCAGAAACCGAGUUCGACCCACAAGUACUCCUUCAAGUCAUCAACAGCAGAAGCUCUAACUCUGGGGCAGGAAAUGACGGGCAACGUUUCUCCCACCUUAAGUCCAUCGUCAACACUAAAAUUGGUCGGGAAGAGUUCAGCAACGCGAUGUCGUCCCUUUGGAGGAGGCUCAUCAACGAUCCCAACGCGUUCCCACCGGAGUUCUGGACUCUUUGGAAACAAUCCAGUCUAAUCGCCCUCGGUGAAAAGUGCCGUCCAGUGUGCAUUGGAAUGACUUGGAGAAGGGUGAUUGCAGCGGGAACGGUCAGGGAGUGGAAACCGAACCUGGAAGAAAGAUUUCGGGAAGCGGACCAAUUCGGAGUGGCGGUAGUUGCAGGAGUUGAACAAGUUGCGAUGGACGCACAACUGGUUCAUCAGACAGGUCAUUGGGUUAAGUCCAUCGUCAACACUAAAAUUGGUCGGGAAGAGUUCAGCAACGCGAUGUCGUCCCUUUGGAGGAGGCUCAUCAACGAUCCCAACGCGUUCCCACCGGAGUUCUGGACUCUUUGGAAACAAUCCAGUCUAAUCGCCCUCGGUCAGUGGGUGGUCCAGACGGAUUGCUCAAAUGCCUUCAACACGGGCAAGCGCACCGCCAUAAUGGCCCAGGCCGCAAAGAGCGUCCCAGAUCUCGUGGGGUACAUCGCCAGGUGUUACGACGAAAUCCCGGCAAAGGCGAUAUACACGAUGGACUCCGGAGAGCGUCGGACGAUCGAGUGCAAGAGCGGUGUGCAGCAAGGAGAUGGAAUGGGACCGCCCCUGUUCUGCUUCAUCCUAGUCCCGAUCGUCUCAAAGGUUAGAGCCAAGUACGACCACCUCGGGGUAAGCUUGAAAGCUUAUGUGGACGACAUCAGCCUGCACUUCAAAAAUAUCACAGCGGAAAAUAUCCAGGUGAUACCGGACCUCGUCGACGAACUAGAAGCUGUGGGCAUCAUCGUCAACAGGGGGAAGAGCUCAGCGCUUCCCCCACCAGGGCACGACGUGACGCCAGCAGAAAGGAGGCUACUUGGCGAUGCAGGCCUACCGAUUGCGGAGGAGGGCAUCACAGUUGUGGGAGUCCCCAUUGGGACGGAUGCCUACGUCGAGGAUAUCGCAAUGAAAGUGAUAACUGAAGGGGGUGCAGACAAGCUUGCUCGCAUGGUGGUGCGCAUGCCAGACAAACAGGUGGCUCACCUCGUCACAUCACAAUUGCUGACACAGCGAUCCGGAAAUAUCGAGAGAGGCAUCAAUCACAAGCUAGUGAGAGGGGCUUGUGAACGCCUGGACAAUAUGGUGAUGUGGGUCCUAGAGGCAACGAUGGGGCUCAGAGAUGCCGAAGACGAAGAAGAGUUCUUCCAAGACGACUGCCAGCCUGACCGCUUCAAGAGGCUGGCGGGCGCUUUGGUUCCCGCGGACGCACCUCCCGCAGCCCAGGCGCGCCUGUCGGCAGGAGCCGGAGGACUAGGAUUACCAGCAGCCGUUAUGCGAAGGUUCUCAGCUUCUCUGGGUAACCUAGUCGGCACCCUUCCCGCGGUUAUAGCUGCGUUACGGGGUCCAUUGGGAGAGUCGGUGAGAGUUCGGAUACCGGGAACCGUGUUGGUGGAGCGGAUGGGGGACGCUAUCAAAGAACUCAACCAGGAGCAUGCAAUAUCGGUGGAGAUUCUGAAGGGGAUCCUUCCCCCGUCAUGGGUUGAGUGGGCCUUAGAACCGACAGGAGAAACCGGAAGGCGUCAGCCCACCGUUGCAGAACUGGCAGCACACGAUGGGGAAUCUACUACGCCGAGGAAAGCCCAGCACAAACUGGGCAAGGCGAUUAACGAUAUACAACUUGAAAAGUUGAUGGAGUCUCUGAAGCACCUCCCUCAGGAGGCGGUACCACCCACGCGGGACAACCCCUACGGAGGUCAAGAGGCCAGGAACAUGGCAUACGCACGAACGAGAAGCUCGAAAGGGCAAGGGGGGCACGCGUUCCUGAGAGCGGCUCCCACCGACCGAGCUCGAGAGAUUCCAUCGAACGAAUUCGUCUACGCGACGAGACGCGCCUUGGGAGUUGAAGAAUUCUUGGCGGAAAGAUGUCCCAGGUGCCACAAAGGCAGGGAAGGCCAGAUCAUCACAACGGUGCAAGCAAGGACCUGUUCAAGGGAUGGAGCACAGGUCAACAUGCACGAGCCGUUAAAGGAAGGCGAGAUCAUCACAACGGUGCACGCAAGGACCUGUCCAAGGGAUGGAGCACAGGUCAACAUGCACGAGCCGUUAAAAUACGCACUAUCGAGAGCACUCAACGGCCUUCGCGUCAAACACGAUGUUGAAAGCGGGGCACCGUUCACGGGGGAAAGAAACCUGAGCAUGGACAUCGUCAUCAGGCCAGGAGCCCUCACGAACGCAUCUUCUCCGGGGUACCGCAACAAAGGAAUACUCCUCGAUGUCACAAACGCAGACCCGCAAGCACAGGUACACUUGCGGAACGGCAGCGCGACCAGCGAUGGAACCGCAGCCCAAGCAUCCGAGGCGCGAAAGCGUCAGCACUACGCUCGUCCGGGACACGCCUUUGUCGAACGCAGCUUAAAACUUACCACCAUAGCCGUGGAAAGCUUUGGCCGCCUUGGAGAGGAGGGUUACGAGUUCAUCGAUGAACUUGCGACAUAUGCCGUGGGAGGAAGGGACGGAGGAACGAUGGCUCUGAAAGGAGUCUUCAACGAACGACUUCUUCAGAUCGUUUCGGUGGCUACACAGGUGGCCAUAUCUCGGCGAGUGCAGAGGUACAAACUCGCAUUGCGCGGGCGUCAAGACGCCGACAACAGGCGAACAAGAUCGACCUCGAACCAGUCAACGCCAAUGAUAUGGGGAUGGAGUGUAGACGCAUCGUAGAACGCGUUUUCGUGCGAAGUUGGCGUCUUGUUUGAGAGUAGAUAUGACAGAUUUGCGUAGAAUAGGGUAAGAUGUUAUCAUGAACGGAGAAGAAGGGGCUUUUCCAACACGGAGAUGUAGCAUGGAUCAAAGCAUUGGUUGGAUUUCAGCUUUUACAAGCGGACAUCAACGCAGUAGUAUUUUAGCAAGCUUACGAACGCAUGGAGGAUACCAUGAAGAUUGUCAUCGGUUUUAUUUCAAAUUGAAGAGGAGAGAA